AUGGAAGGAGCUACCUCGGAUACAGGCUUUUUCCAGCAGCAGCCGAUUCUGGAAAAUCAGGCCCAAUAUGACCCAAGUUACCAGAGAGUUCUCAAAUUAUUCCUACCACCAGGAAUUUUGCAGACCGUAACGCCGGAGCUCAUAGCUCUUGGGGAUAAGGUGCUGUCGCAGACCGUCUUCGACCUCAUUUUCGAUGCAGAAAGAAAUCUGCCUCAACUCCGUGGCAGUGGAAGGGACAGCUUUGGUCGGCCCAGGAGUGACGCUCUCGUGCUGAGCCAAGGCUGGAGAGAGCUUCAGCAAUUUGGUAUACAGAACGGAAUUGUCGCGUAUAACUACGAUACCGACCACGGCCAAUAUACCAGAGUUGUACAAAUGCUCAGGUCAAUCUUAUGGGAAGCAUCUUCUGCGAAUACCACUUGUCCAGUCGCCAUGACCGACGGCGCAGCUCGUCUUCUCCAGCAAAACCUCGCAAAGCCCACUCUUGACCAGACCCGCCGGCGCAUCUUCCAGAAUGCCUACGACCAUCUCACCUCACGAGACCCAGAGACAGCCUGGACAAGUGGGCAAUGGAUGACAGAACGGCCAGGGGGCAGCGACGUAUCUCAGACCGAGACAGUCGCGUCCUAUGCUCCCUACCCAGACAGCAGCACUCUGCCGCUCGCAGAUGCCAACGAGAGCAUUCCUCUAGGACCCUGGAGCAUCUCCGGCUUCAAGUGGUUCUCCAGUGCGACCGACUCGUCCAUGACGGUCCUGCUCGCCAAGACAUCCCCUGACAAAGGUGUCUCUGCCUUCCUCGCGCCCAUGCGCCGCCACAGCGCCGACCUCAUCUCGCCGACCGGCCAGCGCGGCGGAACAGAGCUCAACGGCGUCCGGAUCUCCCGCCUCAAGGACAAGAUGGGCACCAAGUCCCUCCCCACCGCAGAGCUCGAGCUGAAGGGCAUGCGUGGCUGGCUCAUCGGCGAGGAGGGGCGAGGCAUCCACGAGAUCGCCACCAUCCUGACCAUCACCCGAGUCCGCUCCUGCAUCGGCGCGCUGGGCUACCUCGGCCGCGGUCUCGCCGUCGCCAAGGCUUACACGCUGGUCCGCCAGGUCGGCGCCACGAGGGGCAGGCGGAUGCUGCUGUGCGAGAGCCCACUGCAUAUGCGCACGCUCGCCACCAUGACCAGCACGUACCAUGCGAUGAUGCUGUUGACGUUUUACGCGACGUACCUGCUCGGACUCGAAGAGACGUCACCAGCAGCAGCGGAAGUUGAACACAGCCCACCUGGGGGCUUCCAGCCGCCGCCGCCGCCGCCGCAGCACGUCGGCCCUUUGCUGCGCGUUCUUUCGUCCCUCUGCAAGGCCUAUAUAUGCAAGCAUGCUAUUCCCCUUAUGUACGGGUGCAUGGAGGCGCUAGGUGGCGUCGGGUAUCUCAACAACACCGAGUCAGAGCAUCUCAACCUCAGCCGCAUCUUCCGCGACCUGUGCGUCCUCGCGACGUGGGAGGGCACCACAGACGUGCUCUCGACGGACCUGCUGCGGGCGCUGAAGCAUCCUCGGGAAGGGAAGACGAGCAUGGAGGCGCUGGGCUGGUUCCUGGAGACAAACAGGCCUGCGCCGCGGGCUCGGGAGGCCUGGCGGGAGAUCAGGGCGAGAGUGGAAAACAAGACGCAGGACGAGCUGGUCGCUGAGGCGAGAGACAUCUGUUUCGGUCUGGCCGAAGUUCUGAUGGCGGCGCUGCUGGAGGUGGAUGUCGAGAGUGACGGGGACGCAACGGCCAAGGCCAUGCGGGACCGGUUCCUAGGACAAAGGCGCUUUCUCGAAUUAGGAACUCAUUGAUUUUAUACGGUGAGGAACGCGACCUAGCAGACGUGAGCUUCGGGAACAACAUUAUACACUGAAGCACCGUCAAAGAUAAUCAGGGCUGAACAUGUAAGCACAGGAAUCAGUAAAUUGCAAAAUGCCUUGGGAUCCUUUCUACUCAUG